CGUUUCCUGGUUUGUUGUACCAAGGUGCAGCGUAAAUAUUAUACUCAAGGCGACUAAUCAUGUGAGAACAGUCGUCAUAUAGCUCUCUAUAAAAACUUGUGACUCGUGCUUGUACUGGAUUAGAUUUUGCUCACGGAAUGGCGCUCUCUAAUCUUGCUGCGGUCGCCUUCCUGUUGGUGGUCGGCCUGUGUAAAUGCGACUACAAACCUACCUGGGAAUCAAUCGACUCUCGACCGUUACCAGAAUGGUAUGACCAGGCCAAGUUCGGCAUCUUCAUACACUGGGGUGUAUUUUCGGUACCCAGUUUCGGUAGUGAGUGGUUCUGGUAUUAUUUACAGAAACAGAAACUGCAGCCUUAUGUAGACUUCAUGAAGAAGAAUUAUCCUCCAGACUUCCAGUACCAAGACUUUGCCCCCCAAUUCACCGCCGAAUUCUUCGAUCCCAAAGAGUGGACUGAUAUAUUUGCCUCGUCAGGGGCCAAAUACAUUGUCCUCACCACUAAACACCAUGAAGGUUUCACACUAUGGGGCUCCAAGUACUCGUGGAACUGGAAUGCCAUGGACGUGGGGCCCAAGCGGGACUUGGUGGGGGACAUGGCAGCUGCUCUCCGGGCCAACAGUGACCUGCGCCUGGGGCUGUACCACUCUUUGUUUGAGUGGUUCAACCCACUGUGGCAGCAGGAUGCCGCUAACGUGUUCUCCACAAACGUCUUCCCCACUUCCAAAACCCUGCCUGAGCUCUAUGAGAUAGUGACCAAGUACAAGCCUGAGGUGCUGUGGUCUGAUGGGGACGGAGACGCACCUGAUAAGUACUGGAACAGCACUGGGUUCCUCGCCUGGCUGUACAACGAAAGCCCAGUGAAGGAGACGGUGGUGACCAACGACCGCUGGGGCUUCGGCUCCAUCUGUAAGCACGGCGGCUACUACACCUGCACUGACCGCUACCAGCCAGGCCACUUACUCAAACACAAGUGGGAGAACUGCAUGACCAUAGACACCAAGUCCUGGGGCUACAGGCGAAACGCCCCUCUCCAAGAUUACCUCAAGAUUGAGCAACUUGUGCAAACCCUGGUGGAGACCGUGUCAUGUGGAGGGAACCUGCUGAUGAACGUGGGACCCACUCACGACGGUAGGAUUGCCCCGAUCUUCGAGGAGCGGCUCCGGCAGAUGGGCCAGUGGCUGAAGGUCAACGGGGAGGCCAUUUACAACACCUCAGCUUGGAGGGCCCAGAAGGACAACACUACUGCCGGAGUUUGGUACACAAGUAAACCAAAGGAGAAGGCCAUCUAUGCCAUAUUUUUCGAGUGGCCCGUUGAUGGAAAGUUGUUUCUGAAAGAGCCUGUUGUGACAGGGCAGACUGAGGUGGUGCUUCUUGGUCAAAAGCCAUUAAAAUGGGAGCCUUCGAAGCCUAGUGGGAUGACUGUGUUCCUGCCCCAGCUGUCCUACAGUGAGAUGCCAUGCCAGUGGGCCUGGACACUGAGACUGACAGCUGCCACGUAGAGGAGGAAGAGGUGGGACUGGAAUAGGAGGAAGGGAUAGCAGGAGAAAACAAGGGAAGUCAUUGCUUGCACUGCCUGUACUAAGGCUUAAAUAAAAUAAGGGUUUUAAUCUGAAUUCGGUGCCAACUGAUGCAUUAUGGAACUCAGGGUAUAGAGAUCAAUUAUUACUUUCAUUUAACAGAUCAAAUCUGUGUCCAGUUUUGGUGACUGCUCUUCACAUUCCCUGCCCUUUUGAGGUAUCUGGAAAAUACAUUUAGAUUUCAAAUGCAGAGCACAUGUACUUUAUGGAGGAAAAUGGGUUUAUUGUAGAAUUAUCAGUGGUUUUUAAAUCUUUGUUAUAGAGAAUUGUGCACUUUUUCUACGAUUGAUUUUACAUUUUGUAUGGGGGAAGUAUAAAUAUUUCAUCAAUUCCACUGUCACUUGAAAAUUGAAUAAAUAUUGUUUCUUUGAA